AUGGGGUGGCUUCAAUCCCUCUUCUCUCCGUUGAAGAAGGUUUGGUUCAAGUUACAUUCAACUCAAAAGAAGAGAAGAGGGAUAUACAUUCUAUAUGAAGAUGUGAAAUCUUGUCCCUAUGAAGAUGUUCAAAUCCUCUGGUCAAUAUUAGUGGAAUCACAUCCACCUUCUAUAUCGUCGCAAAAAUGA